GUAUUUUUCAUUCUUUCAUUUGCCAAGUCGUGCCAAAAAUGUCCCGUGUGGACAGCACUGCAGGCUGUCAAGCCAAGGAGGAUGGAGAGAAAAGGCAGUGUGGCAAGUGCCACCGUCGAAUCUCGCUUGUAGAGUCCACCAUCAGGUGCAGAUGCGGAUUGUCCUUCUGCGAGCGCCACAUGGCGGCGGAAAAUCAUGAGUGUAAAUUCGACUGGCGGCAGAUGCAAAGGGAAAAGAUCGCUAGAGAGAAUCCGAAGGUGACUCAGUCAACCUCGAAGAUGAAGUCAAGCAAGGAUUGGUGUGACCAGUACUGUAAACAUCACAGUGUGGCAACAGUUGGCGAGAGGUCCUCUCAAGUCAUGCACCUGAUGGGAGUUCUACUGCUGGUGGUCUUCAACCUUCGAGGAAUCCUACACGCGUCAAUGAAUGCGCAAGUUAUGCUUUGGAUUCGGCAGGCCGUGCUGGGAUAUUUUCUUGGGCUUUUAUGCGCCCAUGCCUUGCCGUACUGCUGUGGAACUCCCGCGUCAUCCUGUCGCUUCUGUAUAUUUUCAUGGGUAAAAGGGUCAUGGCUCGUUCUUCACGGCAAGGAAGUGUUGUCCAAGCCUGACUGGUGUUUGGUAGCAGAAUGGGAGCAGGCCAAGGAGCAUCUCAUGUUUGCACUAACUGGCGGCAAGCGAAACUGCUUAACGCGGAAGCUGUAUGAUGGGCCAAGGAGCCUGCAAGCAAUUGUGUCGACAGUUGCUGCCAGGGUGCGAGAAGGCCAAACACUGGGUUUCAACUGCUCAUGACUUGAUGAGCAUGCUGAACCUUUCUUUAUCUCGCAGCUGACAGUGCACGACGUGGUCAUGCAGUUGCAAAAGGGC